AUGGCAGGUGGAGUUUACGCAUGCGCGCCGCCGAGGGUUGGGCGGCGCAGCGGCGGCGGCAGAGGGACGAAAUGUGGGCGGUGGAAUCCGACAACCGAACAGGUUAAACUUCUGACUGAUCUUUUCAGUGCGGGCCUUCGAACCCCAACAACCGAUCAGAUCCAGAAGAUAUCUUCUGAGCUUAGCUUUUACGGAAAGAUUGAGAGCAAGAACGUUUUCUACUGGUUUCAAAACCACAAAGCUCGAGAAAGACAGAAACGGCGUCGCAAAGUCUCGGUGGAUGAUGAUGAUGAUGACGAUGACGAUGAUUCCAGACAUGAAGAGAAUGUCGGGUCGGGUGAAAGGGUGGUGGAGACUUUGCAGCUAUUCCCAUUGAACUCCAUUGAUGAAUUGAGAUUUUGUGGGAAUACGAAUGCUGCGUUUCAUUAUUGCAGUAGCAAUAAUAUUGGAACUCAAAUGGAUCAUCAUCCAAUGCUAGAUCUUCGUUUAAGCUUCAUUUGA